CCCUUUGUGUUUCGAUAUUAUCAUAUUAGAAAGGAUACCAAUUGCUGCGAGAAUUAGCAACGAAUAUCCUGCAAUUUUGCCUGAAGCCUCGUGCUGCAUCAUGGCGUACCAACCUGGCCAGCAGCAACAGCGCAACCCAUACUCGCAAUUCGACCAAGAUGCUGACCUCGACGACGUGUACGCUGGUGCAAAGCGACUACACCAGAACGCACGUGGCAUUCACGGUGAAGUGCAAAGCCAGAACCACCUUCUCGACCACCUUGGCGACGACAUCGAGGGCGGGACAGCGGCACUGCGCGCGCAAACGGCCAAAGCCGAAAUGGUGAACAAGAACAAGAAAAAGCUGUGCAAGAUGUAUAUUGCUAUUGCGGUCUUGGCGACCAUUUUGAUUCUCAUUGGGAUAUUCGUCCCCAACUUUGGAUGAGGAAGAUACGAACGUUAAGUUAAUGCCCCUGCGUUCUAUUUCUUUCUCA